AGGGAGUUGUUUGGCGGAGCUCUCAAGUUUUUCUUUACUUUACAUUUUAUUUUAAUUUACCCGCACAAGAGUCGUUUUUUCGUUGUUUUCUUCGCUUAUCACUCGCACCUUCCGCUCCGACAUUUCGACGUCGCUGUGGUCGCGGCAACACCAACUAAAAACAGGCUCGCCGAGCAGGACAGCGGGACGGAAGGGGAAGCGCAUCGGCUGACCGCGGCUGGCUGAGCUGAUGAUGCCGACGUUGCGGGACAGCACCAUGUCCCACCCCGGAGAGAAUUCACACCAAGUCCGGGUGAAAGCGUACUACAAAGGGGACAUCAUGAUCACCCACUUUGAGCCGUCCAUCUCCUACGAGGGCCUGUAUGGGGAAGUCAAGGACAUGUGCUCCAUGGACAACGACCAGCUCUUCACCAUGAAGUGGAUCGAUGAAGAAGGUGACCCGUGCACCGUGUCGUCUCAGCUAGAGCUGGAAGAAGCCCUGCGCCUCUACGAGCUCAACAAAGACUCAGAGCUCAUUAUCCACGUGUUCCCAUGUGUACCAGAGAAACCCGGCAUGCCGUGUCCCGGCGAAGACAAGUCCAUAUAUCGGAGAGGAGCGCGGCGCUGGAGGAAGCUCUACUACGCCAGCGGCCAUGCCUUUCAGGCCAAACGCUUUAACAGGAGAGCGCAUUGUGCCAUCUGCACGGACCGAAUCUGGGGUCUGGGCCGACAAGGCUACAAGUGCAUCAACUGCAAACUGCUGGUGCACAAGAAGUGCCAUAAACUGGUCACCGUGGAGUGCGGGCGGCCGAUGAUCCAGGAACCAAUCAUGCCUGGACAGCCAUCCAAUCAGUUAGACCAAACAGAACAGCCAGGCCCUCAGAAUAAAGACUCCAGAGAGAGCUUGACUUACGAUGGAGAGGAGAAAGAGGCGCGGAACAGCCGGGACACGGGCAAGUCGCCCUCCAGCCUGGGCCUGGCAGACUUCGACCUGCUGCGGGUGAUCGGGCGCGGCAGCUACGCCAAAGUGCUGCUGGUGCAGCUGAAGAAGACGGAACGCAUCUACGCCAUGAAGGUGGUCAAAAAGGAGCUGGUCAACGACGACGAGGACAUCGACUGGGUUCAGACAGAAAAACACGUUUUCGAACAGGCCUCCAAUCACCCCUUCCUGGUGGGCCUGCACUCGUGCUUCCAGACAGAAAGCAGGCUCUUCUUUGUUAUUGAAUACGUGAACGGUGGCGACCUCAUGUUCCACAUGCAGAGACAAAGGAAGCUUCCAGAGGAACACGCAAGAUUCUAUUCAGCAGAGAUCAGCCUGGCGCUCAACUACCUCCACGAGCGGGGGAUCAUCUACAGAGAUCUGAAACUGGACAACGUGCUGCUGGAUUCUGAGGGACAUAUCAAACUCACAGACUAUGGCAUGUGCAAGGAGGGCUUGAGACCGGGCGAUACAACAAGCACUUUCUGCGGCACCCCCAAUUACAUCGCACCUGAAAUCCUGCGAGGAGAAGAUUACGGCUUCAGCGUGGACUGGUGGGCGCUGGGCGUACUGAUGUUUGAGAUGAUGGCGGGUCGCUCUCCUUUUGACAUAGUGGGCAGCUCCGACAAUCCUGACCAGAACACAGAAGACUACCUCUUCCAAGUCAUCUUGGAAAAACAGAUCAGAAUUCCUCGCUCGCUGUCAGUCAAAGCUGCCAGCGUCCUCAAGGGAUUCCUCAACAAGGACCCCAAGGAGCGUCUGGGCUGCCACCCCCAGACGGGCUUUGCCGACAUCAUGGGCCACCCCUUCUUCAGAAACGUGGAGUGGGAACUGCUGGAGCAAAAGCAGGUGGUCCCGCCGUUCAAGCCCAACAUCUCCGGCGAAUUCGGACUGGAUAACUUCGACGCCCAGUUCACCAACGAGCCCAUCCAGCUCACGCCUGACGACGAUGACGUGGUGAAGAAGAUCGACCAGUCCGAGUUUGAGGGCUUCGAAUACAUCAACCCCCUCCUGAUGUCGGCCGAGGAGUGUGUGUGAAGGGAGAUCACGCGCACACACACAUACACACACACACACACACACACGUCAGUGUCUUCAUGCGGUGUGGCGACAACCAUUCUUUUAGUUUUUUUGCCAAAACACGCAUCUCACACUUUGCCAGUUUUAAAACCACUCGUCCUUAAGUCUGUUUCUGUUUUUACACCACAUCCAAGCUGCACUGAUGUCAUUGUGUCACAGACCGGCUCUUUUACAAAGUUCUUCCAAGGUUACUUACCGUACCGUAGGCAGCGGUGCCGGGGGGCGGAGCCUGUCGCAGGACGUGAGCGUCCACGCUCAGCUAGCGAGCUGCUUUCAGUUUGUAUUUGAUUUGUAUGAAAGUAUAUGAAAAAAUCCAAUAGAUGUUAGGCAAACUAAGCUGGACAUUAGCAUGGAGGCGUCACCACCCCAACACAAGCCUUUCAGAGAAAUCUAUUUUUAUUUAACGAAAGCCAUGAUAUAUAUAGAAAUACUGUAUGUACACACACACACACACACACACAAGGAAGUUGUCUUUUUUCCUGCAGCGUUGGAGCGCUCAGGCUAAAAAAAAUAAAUAAAAAAAUACUGUGAAGAAAAAGAGCGUUAGCAAACGGGCUGCGGUCAAAGCGCGUGAUUGAGCAAGCUUCACACAUCAGGACCAAAACACGAAGACGUCGUCGCCGGUACGCUGGGAAUCCCAACUGUUCAGACCACGCCUUGUUUUCUACUUCCUCCAUUCCAUGUUCGGCUGUCAAUCACAGACGAGCGCAAAGCCGCCACCUGCUGGAUCCGCGGCUUUAAUGCUUGAUUUUCAUUUUUGCUUUUCUUUUUGCUAAAUGAAAGGACAGGAAGCGACGGAGCACAAACCUUCCUGGAUGCUUCACUCUUUUCCCCAGAAGCACAUUCAUUGGUCUGUUACUUAUUAUUAUUAUUAUUAUUAUUAUGAUGAUGAUGACUUUUUAUUUCUAAUGACUAUAUUGAGUACUAAAUGUGACUGGGUGGUGACCACCGCCCGGAGGACUCUGCUGACAUUUUAUUAUUAGUGUGCAAAAGAAAAACGCUCAAAUAAACAUUUUAUUUCUCCUUGUGGUAAAAAAAAGUCAUUAUUUCUGUCAUUGAUGGAUUCUAUUUCACAGAUGUUUGGUUUUUGGUUUUAUUUUUCCCCCCAAACACAAGAUAAUCUCCAGCCAGGUGGCAAGGGCGAGGAAGAGGAUGAGUGCCGUGACGUGAUGUGUGCGUGUGUCGUACUUUGUGUAUGUUGCUCGGGCACGGCGGCGCCUCCUCCAGCUGCACGCUCCGGUUCUCCCGACCUCCGUGGGCGCACGGCGGCUGCUCACGUGGCGCAUCCGGCAUUAAUGUGCCUCACCUGGCAAGGGCGAGCGUCAUGCUGGUGGGUGUCCCCAAUCACUUGCUCUGUAAGCACACCGUGUUCCUAAUUAUGCAAAUGAUGUUUUUCUCUGAUGGCCAAUGACAAGAGGUAGAUGGUCUUUGCAUCAUGAGAUGUCAAGCAUGACGGUCGUUUAUUGUUCCAUGGAAGAAAGUGAUCAGUCAGAAACACUACGUACUUUGCUGAGGUCAUUUUCACACCUUCAAUGACCAUCAAGGGACUACCAGCGCUCUCCCAAUGAUUCCCAUCCAAAACAUGACUCGGCCGCCUCCUUGCUGGUUAGAGUGGCCAAGUAGUCUGUUCAUGCAGAACUGCAACCUGUGGAGGAUCCUCCGCCUUGAGGUUCAUGGGGCUUCAGAGGCAGCAGCAGCUUCAAAUACCCGUGUGCUGCUGUGUAAUGGCUUCUCAGCGGGUACUCCUGAUGCCAUACAUUCAUUUGUCUGGCAGAAAGCUUUGUCGUUACGCCGUCAUCAGCACAAUCACGGCUGUCAUUUGAAUUUCCUCACUAUGAACGUUUUUGUGAAUGAUUGAACGUUUUCAUGCCUUGUCCGAGGCGUUGCAGUAUCUGCAGUAUCUUCUAAUUGGGCUCACCUGGCAAACCCGUAAUGACAAUUACCCGAAAUUGAUAUCUGUCGUCCAUCAAUUUCACUGAAAAGCAAAACAUUUGAUGUUUAUGAUGCUAAAGCCUAUUUGCAUAAUCAUCUGGAACACCUUGCAGCCCCUCCGAUAGCCUACUUCCUCUACGCGCCGGCCACGGUCAACACAUCGCGGAGCCCGCGUGGUAUCACGUACGUCGGGAUGUCAGGACCGCUUUAGCCAAUUCCUUCAUGGUGCUAUUUUUUUGGCAUUUAUAUGCAUCACUGCCACCUACAGGUCUGAAGUGGAACUUAAGGCGCCAUAAUCCAUGGAAGCAAUAACCCCAAAUUACAAAUACGUUUAGGGGUGGGGGGGACUGUCAUCAUGCUUUAACCCUGCAGUAUUAUCAAGGUCAUUAUUGACCUUCAUAUUUAAAAAAAAAAAAGAAAGAAAGAAAAAUAACUCAUUCAAGCCCAUCCACUUUUCAAAAGACAACCCCCUCAGUAGCGGCCAUUUUAGAUCAUCUGGACUGAUCUUUCAAGGCACACACAUUAUUGUGUUGUAUGUUAUAUAAACAUGGAACCUACCAAAACAAACAUUACACUCCCGUCUUUCAUAAGGAUAAAACAGUUUGCGUCUACCUUUUUCUCAUUCUUGUGUAAUCAUCAGUAGAACAUAGGGACGUUUCAGGGAAAUAUCAGUUCCCGACUAAAAAAGGGAGAAAAGCAGCUUUUUGUGAAAAGAUACAUUUCAAGCAUAACUUUGGCUUUGACACUAAUCUGUUUUGCUUCUGUGACAGCUCAACCAUCUAAACUACACCAACACAAAAACAUCAAAAUAAUUUAUUUACAAAUAUGACACCAACUAUUUGCAAUUUUCACACUUGGAACUAAGCUGUGUGUGCACGUAGUCUGUGUGCGUGUGCAUGCUUUAAAAUGUCCCUACAAUGCGCAACCUUCUGCUCUUCCACGUCCUCCUUGCAGUCGAGCGUGUUUUUACAUGCAGAAGAUGCAUGCUGAGCUCUGCCACUUUGUGGUUGUUUUUAUGGCUUAAAGCUGCUUUUAAAAGUAACAUCUUUUACUGUGCGGUUGCCUCAUCACCUCUUUUUGCGUCUCGCGCAAAAUAAACGUCAAAGAUGAAUAAAUACGUCUCUGGUAUUGAAUGAGAUAAUCUCGUGAUUUCCAAACAAGACAUUUUUGAGAAUGAUUAUUGCAUUUUCUUGAUCUGACUAUGUCCGAUAAUAUCGGAGGGCCGAUACUGGCAUGAAUCGGUAUCGGGUUUUUAUGAAAUGUUGACAUGGCCAGUGCAAGCCCACCCCCUUUAUGCUUUCCAUAGGCCCUCAGGUUCCUGGCUGCUCCGACUGUCCUGAAGUCGGCUAGCGCCACGUUAGCAUCUGGGACGCUAGCCAUUCAGUGAAGCGCAAAUAAGCUGCACUCCCUGAAGGUCUUCAUGUUCUUUGUCAGCUGGUCCGACUUGCUCGAUAGUGAAUUCACGUUUCCCGUGAUAACAGAAGGUACCGACGGCUUGAACCUCCACUUCCUCGCUAGCCGCCUGACUUUCAUCUUAGCCGUGCCUCUGCCGCCUCCAUAUCGAUGGGUGGACAGGGAAUCAGACCGAUGCGGGACGUCACCCUCGUGGCACGUGAACAUGUGCUUGAAUAAACAAACGGAGCUGCUUGAAAGGCGGCCACGACAGGAGAUGUGAUGUUACACUCAUCGGUAUCUGUAUCGAGUAAUGUCAAAUUGAGAGUUGGACAACGUAGGAUAUCGGCAAAAAAGCCAAUAUCGGACCUUCCUUACUAAUAUUAUAAGCGAGACAUUCCACAAAAAAUGAUUAACCUGGAAACUACAAUUAUAUCAGAAUGA